CCCUGCACAGCCCUCGCCUGCCCGCUGCGCUCUGCCCUGCGCUCAGCCAGCCCGGCUGCACCUGCACCGCCUCACUGCGCCAGCCCGCCAUGGCAGAAGGCAGGAGCGAUCCCCAGCCCGGGGACCUGAUCGAGGUCGACCGGCCAGGUUACCAACACUGGGCCCUCUACAUGGGGGAUGGAUACAUCAUCUACGUGAAAAGUAAGGCUGGUGCAUUCUGUGAAAUGUCUAUCAGGGUUAGAAUGGCCAAGGUGAUGAAGGAGCUCCUGAAGGAGGUGGUGGGAAAUCAUAAAUGGUGUGUCAACAGCAAGUAUGACAACUUCUACGCUCCGCGACCCAUGGAGGACAUACUCUGGAGUGCUGAGCAAUGGAUUGGCAAGGAGAUGACAUAUGAUGUGCUUGGUAGCAACUGUGAGCACUUUAUGACAAUGCUUCGCUAUGGAGAAGGAGUCUCAGACCAGGUGAGUGCCAGGGGUGAGCCCUGGGUGCCUCCCAGAGCAGCUCCUGGCUGCUGGCUGUGAGCCGGGCACUGGGACACAGCCUGCAGCCUGCAGGGCACAGCCCAGUGCCAGGCGUGGGCUCCAAAGCAGCGCUGCCUCCCCAGAGCCCCUGCCCCUGCAGGGUCCCUGUGCUCUGGCUGCACCCUGGCAGUGCCCUCUCCCUGAGUGCCACCUCCUGGGGGGACAAACCUGGCUGCUGCCCCUUCUGAUAAUGGGGCACAUGGCUCUUGUUGCUUUGCUUGUUCUGAUUACCCCUGCCUAUUCUCCAUUACCAUGCCUGGGGCUAAAUGCAAAUGCUGUUCGUGUUUCCAGCCUGGGUUUUGCUUUCCCUUUACCUGCCAAGAGAACAACUGUUUGCAUGCUGGCAGUAGGAUCUGUGCUGUUGCCUUCACUGUGUGGGUGGGCUUGCUGGGGGUGAAAUCCAGAA